UUAUUUAUUGUUGAGUUAUUUCCUCAGCUAUAUAGACGUGACACUAGACCUUAAUAAUUAAACUAAUAAUUUUAUUUAAUUCGUAUUUUUUUUCGAAGGUAAAGAAAUGAAGUUAUUAUUACUAAUCUGUUUUUGUUGCAUUCUGCUACAGUCUAACGCGUAUAAAAUUUUAGUAUGUUUCUCUGUGCCGGUGAAGAGUUUGAACAUUCUGGGAGAAGGGGUCGCCAGACAUUUAGUUAAUGCUGGACAUGAGGUGACCUACAUAACAGCUUUUCCAAUAAAAGAAAAAGUGAAAAAUUUACAUAUGAUUGAUGUUAGCAGCAAUCAGAAUAUAUUUGAAGGUGAUGACAUCCUAAACAUAAAGUAUGUCCUGGAAAACCGCGCAGUGGAAGCGGACAUGCUGUACAUGCAAACCCGGGUGUACGAGAUAGCGGCCGCCACCUUCCAGCAUGAGAACGUGCAGAGCUUGCUGAAGAAAGACCAACACUUCGAUGUGGUCGUAGCAGACUAUAUAGAAACUGAACUGUAUGCAGCCUUUGCAGCCCUGUACAACUGUCCCAUGGUCUGGUUGUACUCCAUGGGAGCGCAUUGGGAGCCUCUCAGGCUGAUCGAGGGGCCAGCCCACCCGGCCUACUCCAUGGACUACCUAACUGCUCAUGUACCACCUUUCUCGUUCCUCCAGCGGGUGGACCAGUUGUGGACACAGAUCAAGUGGAGUUUUCUCAAAGAGUUUUUCACCAUGCCAAAAGAAGAGGCGUUUUACAAGCAGUUCUUUGGGCCAUUGCUAUCAGAACGUGGCCGCCCACUGCCUGAAUACCGAGAAUUGAUUUACAACGCUUCUAUGGUGCUGGCCAACGAGCAUCAUGCCAUGGGCAACGUGCCUGCUACCCCGCAAAACUUUAGAUUCAUAGGGGGAUGCCAUAUUAUGACUCCUAUCAAACCAUUGCCACAGGACUUGCAAACCCUGAUGGACAACGCAAAACAUGGAGUCAUAUACUUCAGCAUGGGCUCGACGUGGAAGAGCAAGGACGCGCCCCACCAGCUGAAGAUGGAACUGCUGGCCAUGUUCGCGGAGCUGAAGCAGACAGUCAUCUGGAAGCACGAGGAGCCGUUGGAGAAUGUGCCGAAGAACGUGCACAUUGUGCAUUGGGCGCCGCAGACUAGCAUUCUGGCACAUCCAAACUUGCUCUUCUUCAUUACCCACGGAGGCCUGUUCUCUUCGACCGAAGCCCUACACUUCGGGGUCCCCAUCAUCGGCGUGCCCAUCUACUUCGACCAGUUCAUCAACAUCAACAAGGCUAUCAAGAAGGGGUACGCCUUGACGGCGGAGCUCAGUGUUCAUUGGGCUGAUAAUCUCAGGAAGCCGAUACAAAUGAUGCUGACUGAUCCAAGCUACAAAGCAAAAGCCAAAGAGUUAUCGAAUCUAUACCACGACCGAGCGAUCCCGGCCCACCACGAGCUGGUCUUCUCAGUAGAACACGCCGUGAGGACCGGCGGCGCCGUCCACCUUCGGUCUCCUGCACUGCAUGUUCCAUUAUACCAGAAAUUGUAUUUAGACCUCGUCGCUCUCAUAUUGCUAGGGCUUUUUGUCGCUUUGGGAUUCUACAGAAAGUCGCGAAGAAGUGGGAAGAAAAAAAGGGACUGAUUGGUGAAUUUUAAGACGUUACGAUCAUUAGAUCCAUCAUGGAUCAAGUGAGAUUUUUUCACAGUAAAUGCAUUUACGUCAGUGUGGACAUAGUGAAACAAACCAAACAACAAUCGUAACAAAUUUAGGUAACUAUUCCGCUUAUGGAAUGUAUGAAACCAGGAGAUGAAAUAAAUGAAGAUGUAAUAAAAAAACGAAGUACCUACCUAGUUACUAUCCAUAAAGAA